CAUUUGGGGGCAGUUCCAGCCUCUAAAUAAAACUUCAAUCGAACAAAUAUUUUCAGAGCAGCAGGCUAUCCCCGUCAAAGUCUUUGGCUUCCUGAAGCUGAACUGCUGAAUGCGUAUUUUUUCAGUUUUUUAUUUUCUCUAGAAAAAUGGAUAGCAGAAGCAAUGGAGAACUCCCAGGCGAUCACCCAGACUUUCACCGCAACUCUCACACUGCGGCGCCGUCGGGGCACUCCGGCGAGGUCAAUCACUCAAAGUAACGGCAGUACCGGAAGAAAAUUUCCCGGGGACGCCCACCACCACCACCGUCAGCGCUGCUACCAGCAGCCGCCAUGAGCACCAGAACAGUUACUCUGACAAUCUCCACCAUCAAAACCCAAAUGUCGAGCCAAAUAAUUCCGUUAAUGGCGCAGCCAGUCGCAACUUCAGCCAUUCUCCGCAUACAUCAGGGCGUAAAAGGCCUCUCCCCCACUCACAACCACCGCCUUUUUCUGAUGGAUUAGAAGGCGGGGGAUUUGUUAAGCUAUAUGUUGGAGGAGUUCCAAGAACAGCUACCGAAGAAGAUAUUCGACACAUCUUUGGUGAGUACGGGCAUAUUGUUGAGGUUAUUCUCCUCAAGGAUAAAAAGACUGAUCAUAAACAAGUGAGUUGUUUUGUGAAGUUUAGAACACUGGAUGAUGCUGAUCGAGCAAUCGUAGCAUUACAUGAUCGGCACACCAUCCCUGGGGCUCACUGUCCAUUACGAGUUAGGUACGCCGAGGGGGAGCGAGAACGGCUAGGCAGUUUUGGUGAACAUAUACACAAACUAUAUGUUGGUGGCAUGAACAGACAAACUUCCAAAAGGGAAAUUGAUGAAGUAUUUUCCCGGUAUGGGAUUAUUGAAUCAAUUUUCCUUGUACGUGACCGCGAUGAUCAAAAGCAAAGUCGGGGAUUUGCUUUUGUUCAGUUCUCUCGUAGAGACAUGGCAGUUGCUGCAAUCAGUGCACUACAUGGGACCUACACAAUGAGGGGUUGUGAUCACCCUUUGAUUGUUCGCUUUGCUGACCCCAGGAAGCCUAGAUUGGGAGACUCUAGAGCGGCAUCUUGUAUCAAUGAACCUUUUGGUGGACAUAUGCCACCAAAUUCAAUGAGCCCAAAGCAGUCUCCAAUUGUUGGAAACACGCAGCAAACAGUAAUGAAUUUUUGUGCUGUACCGGAGCAAGCUUUUCCUUCGACGACAUCUUCUGCUAACAAGUCACCUUCAGAUGCUGACUGUGAAUGGAGCGAACAUAUAUGUCCUGAUGGGUAUCCAUAUUACUACAACUGCAUGACAUGUGAGAGCCGGUGGGAGAAACCUGAGGACUAUGCACGCUAUGAGAAACAACUUGAGAUGCUUGAGGAUCAACAAAUUGCACAACCCACCACCGGGGAGGGGGUUGAAAUGGAUGUUCAAAGGCAGCCAUCUACCAAGGAACUAUGGAAACUUUCAUCAUCUACAGAAAAUGCUGCUAAUAUGCAAGCAAGCCCAGCAGUUUCUCCAGCUUAUGUAUGAAUUUCAUACUGAUUUACUGGUCAACAUCACCUAAAGGGAUUUGGACUCUUAAGACUAGGAAGGACCAAGUGUUGCGAUUGCUGGUAAUUGAUUUAUGCAAAUAUGAACUAACCUUACCAGCAAGAGACAUCACUGUUAUUGCCUCUGGUGUCUUUCUUUAUAUCCUUGUGUAGUUGUGUAGGAGGAGAUAUCACUAGGAGUUUUUAGAGAGAUGUGUGUGUGUCAGUAUGUGUAUACAGUAUUAUGUAUCGAUAUAUUAUCUUCUUUUAUGUACUGCCCUAUUGAAGCUGUUUGAUGCUACUACGUUUAGUAUUUUAUUCCUUUCUGUUAUUGUCCAAGCAGUUCUUGUU